AGAAGAUAYUUGCUAUUAUUAUCUUCGAUGGUUUCGUGACUUGCAUAAAGUAUCCUACCCGGUGACACUCAUGUCUCUGUGUUUGAUACCACAGCUCGUAAUCAGAAUAAACAUUUUCCAAUUCGACUGGCUUCUUUGGAUUAAGUUAUACCUUGCACUUCUUUGAAAAAGAUCGAUUUACAGAAGUUAUUGCUUAUUCAAGAAAUGAUUUUGAAGUGCCAAAUCAUAGGAGAAUAUCGUUGGCAAUCGAUGGAGCAACUUGCAUGUGGAUAAUUACUUUAAUUUAAAAUCAGUUAAAGAAUACAACCAAAAGUUUUGGUCGCUGACAAAAUGAUGAUGGCGUUGAAUGCAGCAUCAAUAAUCCCACCACAAUCCAGACAAGCUCACCAAGUCUUCAUAAUGGUGACAAUGAUGUUUUUCCUACAUGCCAUAGUACAUCCAGCUAUUGCCAUCGUUCGCCGUGAACGGGGAGAAUUCGACGCUGAUAUCGUUAACAAAGUCGUGUGUCAAGGAGAAGUAUUGAAAAUAAAAUGUCCAAACUCGUCGUACGCUAUCAACAUCCUUGGCGGUAGCUAUGGCAGGACACAGGCAGGAAACAUCGUUUGUCCAUACCAGGGAAGUGAGAGUGACUUCUACUAUAACUGUGGUGAGAACGAUGUUACAGAGAAGUUGAAAAAGUUAUGUAGGAGAAAAAAGAAGUGCUCAUUCGAGGUUGGGAAGGCUGUGUUUGGUGAUCCUUGCAGGGGGCAUGCUUAUCUCACUAUCAUCUAUUCUUGUGUUAAAAGGAAAAGAAAGAAAAAUAAACCCAAAACUAGUUUACCAACAACAAAAUUCAAAUACACGAUGCAUCCGACUGACGCUACUACCACUUCAACAACAAACACUCUUCACCACGUCAACACAACCAAAAUCUCAACAACACUCAACUACACGAUGAAUCUGCAGACUGAUGCCACUACCACCACUUCGAACUCUUCAGUAAACUCGACUUUGAUCAAUAAUGAUGUAGGGAAUGUGCUGUCUGCCAAAAGGAAAGGAGACGGUCCUGGAAUACUUAUGUCAAUCAUCAUAUGGUUCGUCUAUGUUGCAAAUAAUGGCAGGUCUUUAAUGACGGUAUUUCUUAUCACGUUUGGAUCUGCUACGUUUCUCUUCCUUCUCAUCUUUGGUUUAAUGUUUUUGCAUAAAAGAUUCAAAGACAAAAAAAGAAGAAAGAAAAAAAACCUGGACAAUUCCGACGCACCUAUACAAAACCUAAACACAAUUGCGUCAUCGAACUGUGACGUCAAGAAAAAAAGUGACCUAGAUACAUUAUCGAAUACAUUCCCGGCACCUCCGCCCGCUCUACCACCCCCACCGGAUGAUUUGAUGUACCCAAGUCCAAGUCCAGAUAUGAUCAAUUCAUCCCGGCCUCCUCCCCCACCGGCUAUCAGAGGACGUUCAUUAGAUGACAUCAGUAAAAUAGGACAAGAUACUAAGAAACAUGUUACAGUCACAAGGUCUAUAAGCUUACGGACAACGAGACCCCCCGACUACAACCACAAGGAGGUGAACUUUGACAAACUGCCUAACAUCGACAGUGCAGGCGAGAUACAAGCUGUCAUCAUCCAAAGAAACAAUGGAUCAACUAUGUACAUGAAUCCUAUGUACGAAAAUGGUCAUAUAAAAGAAGUUACCUGCUAGCCCAGGCCACAUCUUAUUAUUAGAUAGAGAGAAGGCUGGGUCUACCAUGUACAAAAUGAUUACAUGAAGGAGGUCACGUGCUAGCCCAAGCCAAUCCUGAUGAUUAUGUGGAGGGGAGACUGGGUCUACCAUGUCACACGAAAGAGGUCAUGUGCAAGCCCAGGCUACAUCAUAUUAUUAACUAGAGAGGAGACUGGGUCUACCAUGUACAAGGUGAUCACAUGAAGGAGGUCACGUUUUAGCCUAGUCCACAUCACAUUAUUAGCUAGAGAGGAGACUGAGUCUGCAAUAAGUGCAAACAGAAAACAUAUAUGCAUCAUAUUCGUUAAAGAAAAAAAUCAUAGAUAAGAAAGAACGAGAAGAGUCAUGUGACCGAGUCACGUGCUUGCUGGUAAAGGCUACGUCACUACUUAAGGAGAAAGUCACGAGAAAAAUCAGACAACUUUGAUAUAGUUGUGUCAAUAUUAAGCAGCGUCGAAUAAUUAAUGCGAAGACUUAAAGGAUUAAUAUGCAGGCUGCAAAGGUGCUGUCAUUUGAAGUCUUUAUCUACGAGGAUGUCAAUCUCACACGGCGAGAUAAGCUUCCUAAAGGCAAACUGUUUAAAACAUAGUCGACACAGGCUUUAUAUAUCUAAUAUUUGGAUCUAACUAAAAUUAGUUUGUAAAUAGCGAAAACAUCGUUGAAGACUGGUCGCCCUGUUCGGUGGUACUAUUGCGGGUUAUUAUAUCCCACGUUAUAUUCAAUAUUCCAGAUUGUCAGAUUUUCAGUUAAAAUCAAAUAUAAUUUAAACGAAGUUAUUUAAUUUAUAAACGUCAGGGGGGUACCCAUAGGACGGAAUUUGUUCCUCCCUGAAACUCUUUCCUUUAUGAUCAUGCGCAGUAGCAGCAUACACAUUAUUAUAAAGAAAUGAUUCGGCUCCAGUCCUGUCAUUCCUAGUUGCUGCGCAUGCUCAGUGAGCUAAAGAAAGACAAGUAAUGGCUUGCCGAAAUAUAGUUUUACCUACGGUGUACCGCAUUUUGAUAAAUGAGAGGGACGUGGGGAACUGGUACCGAAUGGGAUUGCACAGUUAAACACUUAAUAGUUCCCAUUCUUCUAUCACGACAUAGCGACAAAAAUUAAGUAUUGCCCAGGUCACUCGAUUUAUCGUCUGGCCUGGUUUCCAAGCUCUUACCUUAUUUGCAGACCGUCCUCGAUGCUCCCGGCAUGCUACGGGGUACGAAGGCUUCUCUGGUAACAGAGCCAAAAUUGCUAAGUAUGAUAAUGAUAAUAAAUAAUUUUUAAUAAUAAUUUUAGCCGGGAUUUUUUAAGACAAUGGAAUAUCAUUCCAAAUAUAAACAAUUCUCCUAUCAAAUAGGAUAAAUUAUAAUGGAGUAACUAUUUGAAUAAAGAGUAUAUCUGUCUGUCA